AUUUCAGAAAAUGACAUCAUGAUCUAACUGGCGGCUGAUGCGAUUCAUUCUCUCAGUGACCUGUCCAGGUUGCCUCUUCUUGUGUAGCAGCUGGGAUAGGCUUCAGCACCUCACCACACCCCUCUGAAGCACCCUACAAAUGACAAAGAGAUGGAUGUGGGCCACCUUCAUUGCCUGAACUGUUUCUUCACACACAGUGUGGUGCUGUUUCUCAGGGUUUUCCUCCUUGUACAAGCUAAACUACCUGAAGAAAUCUUUGGAUACCUUGAAGACACCAUCACACUGCCCUCGGGAGCCGACCCAUCAUGGAAUCUCAUUAAAACUGAGUGGUCAGUAUUUACCAACAACACUUGGAUUGCCACUUAUCGCAAAGGGAAGACAAGAACCGAACGUGUCUUUCAAUAUAAAGGGAGACUCAGUCUUAACACCGUUACAGGUGACCUAACAAUUCAUAACCUGACCCUAGAUGAUGCCAUGGAAUACACGGUGGACCUUCUCAACAGUGAGGGUGAAGACCAAGUAAACAUGAUUAAGCUCGUUGUGAAACAGGUUAAAUCACUUGGGGAAGUCUUUGGGUAUCUUGGGCACACCAUUACAUUGUCCUCGGGAGCCGACCCAUCGUGGAAUCUCACUGAAGUUGAGUGGUCGGUAUUCACCAACAAAACCUGGAUUGCCACCUGUCACAGUGGGAAGACGAGCACUGAGCUCGUCUCUCAGUAUAAAGGGAGACUCAAUCUUAACAUCACGUCAGGUGACUUGAUGAUUCAUAACCUGACCCUAUAUGAUGCCAUGGACUAUAGGGUACAUCUCCUCAGCUGUGAUGGUGUGGAAAACAUGAACAAGAUUACGCUCACAGUGAGACAGGUUAAAUCACUUGGGGAAGUCUUUGGGUAUCUUGGGCACACCAUUACAUUGUCCUCGGGAGCCGACCCAUUGUGGAAUCUCACUGAAGUUGAGUGGUCGGUAUUCACCAACAAAACCUGGAUUGCCACCUGUCACAGUGGGAAGACGAGCACUGAGCUCGUCUCUCAGUAUAAAGGGAGACUCAAUCUUAACAUCACGUCAGGUGACUUGAUGAUUCAUAACCUGACCCUAUAUGAUGCCAUGGACUAUAGGGUACAUCUCCUGAGCAGUGAUGGUGUGGAAAACAUGAACAAGAUUACGCUCACAGUGAGACAGUCCAGCUUUUCUUCUGUCACAUUGAUUGUUGGGCUGUUAAUUGGAAUUUUGAUCAUUCUACUGCUGAUCACUCUGCUUUUUUACUCAAAGUUGAAAGAUCUGUGCUGCGACAGAUGGACCAGCAGAUGA